UUGACAUUUUAAAGACAUAAAUCAUGAACUAACAGCUGUUGAUACAGGUCAUAAUUUUCCAYUAAACAAAGAAAAAACGUAAGCAUACGAGGAGCUACACAAUGACGAGAAACAAUAGCGUCAAAUGACCAAAAAGCAGGCGAAAGAACCAAAGAUAAUGCGAGGARCCGGACUUCAAAUGAGAMCGUGACRUGAAUGAUGUCUCUUCGAGGUAAUUAAUUGCACAGAUCAACCAGAUAUCAUAGUAAAGUUCGACUCAUGCAAUCUCAUAAGAGAAGCUAUUUUAAACUCCAGUCGAUUCGACAUAGACAAAUUGAAGAUAAUGCGAUAGCUGAAAACUUUAUAACGAACCAAUAUUCCCCGGAAUAUUUCAUGCAAAAUCAAAACUACUAAAGAUUAGAUUCUGUUUUUUCACGAAUUUCUGGAACGCCCACAGUUUAUUUGAAUAGUUUAAAAGCAAUUACRUUGAAUACACCUAAAACAAUGAAGAUCUUCCAAAACCAAAGCGACACAUACAGAGAAAAACACGAAAACUUUACCUUUCCAUAAUGAUGUUUUAGAAACCUCCUACGCAGUARCUCUUCGUCGUUUAUCGUAGAUUCAUUAAAUACGAGAACAAAUGAAGUCUUCUUGCGAUGYUUKUGYGYGAAACUUCUUUUCGACAACGCUCGCAAAACACAGAUGCACAAGACAGAUACGGAAAGCCUCUUGGUGAAGGUUACACGGUGAAGCGAAUCGUUGGAGUCAACUGGAAAUACAAUCGUGACCGAAUGCGCUGGCGGCGCGGAAUGCUACCUAGCUCCACGGUGGUCCCRAGUGUCUCAAGCCCAAAUAUAAAUAAGCAUCUUUGUAAAUAYGUCAGKUUCUCACAUUUAUCUUUGCAGCUUCCGAAUAACUUACCACGCAACUAAAGUCAAUAAUGGAAAUCCCAUUUGUCAAUAAAAGUGAAAAAAUAGAAAACGGCAUUUAUUAAACGUUGACACCAGACGUCUGCGAGUUAUUUGAAGGGAACCUGAUAGUGUUCCGUGAAAUUAAUACAAAACAAAUCCCCUUCAAAAAAAUGUCAUCGGCGAUAUCUAUCUGCUGACUGAUUGAUCACUGCUUGGACUGAUAGUCAUUACAGCUGCUCUCACUUAUCGCAGAAUUUACUGACGAAAAACUAUUAAUUCGAUGACAAAAUUAUGCCAACAUGAACAUGAAUCAAGGCAAACACGGCUAUGAAAUGAAGUUUAAGAACAACGAAGGGAGAAAGAGAAAAGGAAAAUACAGCGAGAAGAAGGCUUUGUAAAUAGGCUUAUGAAAAAUUAAGCAAUGAUAAAUUAAGAAAACAAGGAGGAAACCAAGAGUGGGAUGCGAAAAGAGAAAGAAAAUUACAAACGAAAAUGCGMGAGAAAACGCUAAGGAAGAUAAUUGUAUUUCUGAAGGAUUUCGAAGGCAGCAUUGAAAUAACUGAUGAUUGACUAGAACCCAUUUUGCGACCCCCAGAUGGAGUUACUUCCCACUGAUGAACUGCACCGUCAAAAAGGCAUACCAAGUUUCUGGAGUGUUGCUAUAUCGGCCAAAGUCAGCGUUGGUGAGUACAAAAGUGUCCCUACAGCCGUGAUAACGAACAGCACAGUAAAYAAGGUGAGCAUGAACGAAGACAUCGCGAGUACCGAGUCUUGUCUCUCGGUCAACGAUCACCAUAGUGACGGCAACAAACAAAAAGAAACUGUCGAGAAAGARAAKAAACGUAAUACAUUAGACAAGURUUGUCCGUGYAUCGAUCAGAGGACACUGGUACCUAAAGCMUUUUACACAUUCUUCUAUACUGGGAUCGGUGCUCUUUUCCCGUACCUGCCUGUGUAUUUUAAACAGCUGCAUCUUACUCCUCACGAGACWGGGGUGUUAAUWGGUGUACGUCCUCUUAUACAGUUUCUGGCUACGCCCAUCUGGGGUGCAAUAGCUGACCGGUACUGUAAAGGGAAAGUAAUUCUUCUUAUGUCGAUUCUUGGUUGGUUGGUAUCGAAUGUCUUAUUGGCCCUAGUGCCAGAGACUAGACACACUAGGUUGUGUGAUAACACCGUGGAUUAUGAUCCAACGAUGAAGCAGCUUAGCGAUACAGCUAUGCGUAUGAAGCGAACACUUWAUAACAUUUCAUUGGCCAAGACAUCAGACAAGGUAUAUUUUGACAAAAGCGCACGACUCUACGAUAACCAUACAAUAACAUAUGAGCCCWCUGAACRAUAUCAACGACCUUGGAUGAUAAAUCUAUUGGAAGAUGAUUAUGUUUUGCAUGGUAAUAUCUCAAGUGAUAUUCGAAUAUUCCGAUACUUAUUAGCUGUUACAGUAUUAGGGACAUUGUUGUCUGCUCCAACUCAUGCUAUGGCAGACACUGCAACUUUAACGAGUCUAGAAGGAGCCUUACACAAGUAUGGUAGAGUACGCCUKUGGGGSUCACUCGGUUGGGGUGUGGGGGGAUUUUCCGUUGGUUCMGCGGUCAGUACAAGUUACUCAACACGAUGCAACGGCGAGAUUAUCAUCGAUUAUUUCCCGUGUUUUUACGUGUAUGCGGUUGCUAUGGGAAUGGCUCUCAUGUGUGCUACUCAGUUUCGCUACAGCAAAUCAGUCGAUGAGCUGGAGCAACCGAAUGCUUCAACAAUUAGAAAUGCUAUCAAGGUGCUCCGUAGUCCUCAGUAUUGUUUUCUUUUAGUCAUUGCUUUUUACUGUGGUUCAGCUACAGGUUUCAUCGAGACAUUUUUAUUCUGGUACCUACAUGAGAUGGGCGGUGGACAAUUCUUGUUUAGUGUGAUCAAUGGAAUGAAUUGUGCAGCCGAAGUUGGCGUGUUCUUYGUGACAGACCGUUUAAUAUCUUGCUUUGGSCAUCUCAACAUCAUCUAUUUAGCRCUURUWUGYUACUCYKUUAGGUUUAUAUACUUUUAUUUUGUAAUGAGCCCAUGGUGGGUAAUACCAGCGGAGUUGCUCCAGGGAAUAACAACAGCAGCKCUUUGGGCUUCCUGUGUGUCGUAUGUAGGGCUKCAUCCGGGUGCUUCYCACACUUUACAAGGRAUACUGAAUGGUGUWUAUAUGGGACUGGGGUUUGCUGCUGGKGGGUUUGUCGGGGGAGGGGUAGUGCACWUGGUUGGUAUGCGCAAUGCUUUCCUGGUGUAUUCCUUGGUYAGUUUUAUUAUCUGUAUYUUAUUUUACAUCUUGAAUAGGUAUCACAAAAAUUAGUAGGCAGUUCAAGAAAUUUUGGAAUAAAAUGUCAAAUCUUAUUGGCAAACAGGAGACUAAGGGUCAUUCAUAUACGYAUACAAUGCUAUUGCCAUAUGUCAUUGUAUAGGAGAGAAGCCGAAGAGAACUUGAACACUAGCUAAAAUAAUCAUUUUCUAUAGUAGAACUUCUAGUUUUCAGUAGAGAAUUUAACGGAUUUUGAACUUUUGAAAUUGCCAUGAUACAAGGGCUUUUACUGAUAGUGUGGUAAAACUCAUACACUGUGCAAAGACAUCGUGUGGUAAGGUAGAAACCAGCAUAGCAAACGAAUUCAACUCACAUGCCGCGACUCAGGAAGACUCGAACCCAUUCGAUUUAAUAGCCGAUUUGCGAA